UGAUCUGCGGUUAUGUCAAUAACAUUUUUAUCGGUUUAAUAUAUGUUAUAGGAUUUGGUUUAAUAGUUUCUUUCAAUAAAUUUAAGUAAUUAUAAAAUACAUCGUUAAUAAUUUUACAUAAACAAUGGCUGUCAACAGUGCCACAUCUUUCGUACUAUCUUCGAUUUUAGCUCUACUGAUAUUUUCUGGGAUGCAAAUGUACAAGCCAUUCUUAAUUAAAUCACCAAUCACAAUAAUAUUUGGUGGCUACUUAGGUUCAGUUAUGUUUAUGUUCUUUGUUACUGCAGUUGGUAACUUAGAAGCCACUUUGUUUGGCAAGAACUUUCAGCUAAAGUUGACAGAAAUAGUAUUGUCUAUGGCUGUAGCAUUGGUAGCCGCGGGCAUGGUACACAGAGUGUGCUUCACUACAUGUUUAAUAUUCUCAAUAAUAACCAUUUAUUAUAUGAAUAAAUUGUCUCAAAAGACAUAUGCUGCCAGUGUUCCAGCAUCAGCCCCAGUCAAGAGCCGACGUCACAAAUAAAUUGUAUAAAAUUAUAUUUUAUC